UUUGAUAGUGCAGUUUGAUAUUUUCAAUAUUAGUGUUUGGAUUAGGCGUCGCUAAUCUAACUAUAUGCAAUUUCGUUGUUUGUAGUAUUAUAUUUUUGUAUAUAUAGUUUUCAAGGAACGGCUCUUUCCAAAAACAUUAUCAACUACUGGUCCCGUGAAUUUAGUUAUUUAUUUAUUAAUUUAUUUUGGUGGUAAAAUUGAAGAUGUUUGUGAUUAUGAAAUUUUCAAUUAUCUAAUGGAUUACCAAGACUGAGGGAUAGAAGUUCUUGACCUGAAGUUGGUCUUUCCUCGAUGGCAAGGAGCUUGGGGGUUGAGAGUUUUGUUCUGAUGAAGUGGCUUCAGAAAUCUAUUAUGGCACGCAUUUUCCAGUGAUGUGUCAUUAUGCAUGACUUCAUUCUCUAGUUUUGAAUAGAGUAGCAAAGCAAUAAUCAACUGCAGUGGAACAUUUUAUCAAGUCAUGGAAGGAAGUAGGAGAAAUUUCGUCAACAAAAGAUCUCAACCUCAGUUCAAGAGAACAGGAGGCCCUAUUAAAAGAAGAGAACGUAAUUCUCCUAGGGAAGAAUCUGAAGCUUUUCAUUUGUCUAAGACAGUUUAUCGUAUCCUUUGUCAAUCUAAAAAGAUUGGUAGUGUAAUUGGAAGGGGUGGUGAUAUAGUGAGAGCCCUCAGAGAAGAGACUCAAGCUAAGAUUACAGUUUCAGAUUCUGUUCCUGGUUCAGAUGAGAGGGUGAUUUCAAUUUUUAGUCCCUCAGAUAAAUAUGGGAAAACACGAAGAGGCAGAGACAAUGAAAGAAGAUAUGGUUCUAUGGAGCCACAUUGUGCUGCUCAAGAUGCUCUCCUAAAAGUUUUUGACAAAAUAGUCAAAGAAGAAAUUCUUGGAGCUGACAAUAGGAGUAGGGAUGAAACUGUGGUCACUGCUCGCCUUUUGGUUUCAAAUAAUACUGUUGGCUGUAUUUUGGGAAAGAAAGGAGAUGUGAUCCAAAGAUUACGCAGCGAGACUGGUGCAAACAUACGCAUUCUUCCUGUCGAACAUCUACCUGCUUGUGCAAUGAGCGGUGAUGAAUUAGUGCAAAUAUCAGGUAAAGCUGCGAUAACUAAGAAAACACUGUAUAAAAUAUCAACCCUUCUGCAUCAGAAUCCACGUAAAGAUGCUCCUCCUUUACAAUUUUCAAGUCAUGCUAGUCAAGGAUUUGACCUGCCUGGUCCUCCAAUAAGAAAUGAUCAUCCCACUGAAAAUUCAGCUUGGUUGGAGCGCUCUGCCAAUGCUCACAGGAUGCACCCUAUGGCUUGCAAGGGAGACUAUGGGAUUGAUCCAUCUGGAUUAGGUCCUGAAGAUUUUAAUGGUUCAACUCCUCCACAUGAAAGAGAUGUUGCAAGUGAGUUCACUAUGAAAAUGCUUUGCCCAGCUGACAGGAUCGGUGGAGUGAUUGGCAAGGGUGGUUCUUCUGUCAGGCAAUUAGAGCGGGAUACAGGAGCUAGUAUCCUUGUUGAGGAUGUUUCUAGAGAGUCAUAUGAAAAAGUAAUUCGUGUCUCUUCCUUUGAGGUUCUUCGGGAUCAAAGAUCUCAUACCAUCGAUGCUAUUCUUUAUCUUCAAGAUAAAACAAGUGAAGUUUCUGACCAGGGAACAAUAACAACAAGACUGCUUGUUUCAUCGAAUACGGUUGGCUGUAUUCUUGGGCAAGGAGGCCAUAUUAUCAAUGAUAUGAGGAGGAGAAUCAAUGCAGACAUACGCAUAUUUUCAAGGGAUAACAAGCCCAAAUGUGCAUUGGAUGAUGAAGAACUCAUUCAGAUAUGUGGAAGUUUUGGGAUGGCUAAAGAUGCCUUAAUAGAAAUUGCAUCAAGACUUAGAACAAGAUGUCUGCGUGAUGCAAAUUCUAAAGGGGAACCUGCUCCAGCAAGACCACUCCCCAGAUAUUGCCCCACCGAAGAUUUAUACAGUGGUGGAUUCCCUCCGUUGAAUACUGCUAGAGCUGGAAGCUCAGUAAGCUAUGAACAUAUGCGGGGUUUCUUUCAUGACAUUGAACCCCCAAGUUUUCCUUCUCCUAAUACUACUCAUGGUACUGUUCGCGACUUUGAACUACCAAGUUUUCCUGCUCUUUCUCAUGCCACUCAAGGAAGAGCCUGCAACUUUGAACAGCCUGGUUUUCCUACUCCUCUUCAUACUACCAGGUACCAGGAUAUCAAUGAAGCUAAAAUUGCUUCUGUAUCAGCAAUGGAAGGGGUCCACUGGACUGAGGAGGUUGCAGGAGUUAGAAUGCGCAUGAGCGGCCGGGAUCCAUAUCCAGAUCCUUAUCUAUCUGACUUGAGCAGGAGGGAGCUAUUCUCUGCUCCACAAAAUACAUACUUUGCUGCUGCUGCUUCAUCUCCAGAGAGGAAUAUCUAUGAGCGACCAGGCCUAAGCCUCCAUCAAGGGCAAAGCUACAAUUUUUAUAAUAAUCGAGGUGCGUAUGAAGAUAGUAGUGCUGCUUCUCCAGUUGCGUAUGAAACUGCUGCUUGUAGCGGGACGCGGCAUGAUGAUAUGUACCAACGCAUGGGCAUGAGAAUGAAAAUGAGAGCAGAAUAUGGUUCUUAACAAUAUUGAUCGGUUAUGAAUGCUAUUUUGUACAAAUAAUAAUAAUAAUAAUAGUGAGACAAGAUGAGAUGAGAUGAGAUGAGAUGAGGCGAGGCGAGGCGAGGGAGUUUUCAAUUGAUCAUCAUGUGAUUGUAGAAAUUAGUUAAGUUGGUAGUGUGUACGGAAAUUGAUCUCCCAACUUAUCAAUUAACCAUGCCAAGGUUGAACUGA